CUCCACGUUUUGUCUUCCACGCGAGGGCGAGUUAAGGAGUCCCUUAUGUGAGACACGAAGUGCGCGCGCGGAGGAGCGCGCUCGCGCUGGAAUAGGCGCAAUCCCGCCUCAUGCACAGGCAAAAGCCGCGCGCGAGAGGGAGAAGGAGAAGGUGCCUCCUCAGGACGACACCGCCGCCGCCGCCGCUCCAGCUCUGGAAGGAGCCGGGAACUCUGCGGCUGCCUCCGCCCAUUCUCGUCAGUCCUCCCUCUCUCCUGCGGAGGGCAGGACGCCUGCGCCGGGGAGGGCGGCGCAUUCCGGGCGCCAGGGAGCCGCUGUGGGGAGGCAUGAGCGAAGGCGGCGGGCGCUGAGAGUCCCUCCCUGCCUCGCUCGCUCGCUCGCUCGCGCGCUGCAGGGGAGAGGAGGACAAAGAGGGAGCGGGCGAGGGGCCGCCUCCUCCUCCCCGCCGUCGUCGUCGCCGCCGUCGGUGCGGCCGCCAUGGGGGAGCGGCUGCGAAGCCAAGCCGGCGUUUCCUCGGCGGCCGCGUCGGCCCCCACCCCCACCUGCUCGCUGCAUAAUGGGCUGCUGCACAACGGCUUCCACGGGCUGCCCAGCAAUGGGGAGGCUCCCGCGCGCUCGCUGCUCUUCCGACAGGACCCGCCGGUGCCCAGCCAGGGCUCGCCGACGAAGAAAUGCCGGACGCGCCGGAGGAUGGACUCGGGCAAGAAAAACAGGCCACGUAAGUGAGGAAUGCGGAGAAGGGCCCGCCUCGGGCUGGGGGGCAGCGCGGCUUGCCUUGCAAGCAUGCACGCGCGCAUGCAUCUGUGCAUCUCCAGGCGUGCAGGAGCCCUCUGCAUCGCGUGAUGCAGCGCAGGCCAGGCUGUUUCAGUCGUGUGGCAAGCAGCCCUGAGUCACCACCAUUCGGCCACCUCGGGGCGGGGGGGGGGGGGCUGCCUUGUGAAUGAGGCGAGGGCGCUUCUUGGCUGCUGGCUUGCUCACGUGUGUGCUGUCAAAUGUGAUUGCCCGUGACGAAAUCCAAGGCUUGAAGAGCAACGAUUUGAUUGCUUAGCUGGCUGCAGAUAAUAAUCUCAUAUACAUGCACAUAUAUAUGCAUAUGUAUAUACUGUGUGUGUAUGUAUAUACACCCACCCACCCAUACAUACAUACAUACAUACAGUAUUUUAAGGCAGGAAGGAGGUAAGAUUAGAAAGGCUGAUUUGCCCUACUAGCGCGCUCGUUAUGCCUUUUUCUGCCUUAAAGGACCCAAUCGUUCCUUCUCAUUGUUUGGUUUCCUCUCCAAAGAGCUCCUCCUGCGCGCGCCCCGCCAGCGGCGUGCGGCAGCCUCCUGCUCGAACGCACAACAAUCAGUUCAUUAAGUACUGUUUCGCUCCGACCAAUAGGGCCGCACUCCCGGCGAUCACACCCACUGAUACCACGUAGGCCGGUCCCGCGGCCGACCAAUGAGGAGGCCGGGAGGGAGUGGGCUUGCCUCGGUUUCUACACCGCUGAGUGCAAGUCGCUAAAAUGAGAGAUUUCUCAAUUUACAGCCUGCAUAAAUGUGACCUUGCUAAAGCGGAUGCCGAUUGUUGGGGGUGUAAAAGACGCGCAGGCUUGGAUUGUCAGCCUCCUGGAAGCCGGCUCUCUGUGCCUUUUAGCAGCUCAAAAUGAAGCUUAUAAUUGAUGAGAGGCAUUGUAAGUAAAUGGCACUGGCAGUUGAACUUCUUUCUCUCUUUGCCUUCCAUUAAAUUUAGGGAAAGCAUUUUAAGAAAAGAGGAAGGUUUUGAUUAGGUGGCAGAGUUAAACUCCAGUAGGUGAGACUGUUUUGGAUGAGUGGGUUUUAGUUGAUAAUCAGUUGGCUCUUUUUCACCCCUGUGGUUCUAUGCAAUUUGUUUCCUUUUUUAUUUAUAAUGCAGAAAUAAUCUGAGCUCUCUGAGAUUCACCUGAUCUGCACGCAUCUUGGGGCUCAUGUAUGUGUGUGAUUCCCCCCCAAAAAAGUGAAUAAUCAAGAAUAAUUAGAAAUUCAUAGCAUAUUUUGCCCCUAAAGGGGGCCUUGGAAAUGACUGAAAUGGUGAGAUUAAUUGCCUGUUCCUAAUUUUGUUUACAUGGAAGCCAAACCCAUUGUUUUGAGUGGGACUUGCUGGUUGGUAUGUUUAGGAUUAACAGCAUUGAGCUGUAAUGUAGACUUGUCAUUCUUCUGCUUGUUUGUUUGUUUGUUUGUUUGUUUUAAGGAAAGCCAACCACCACUCUGGAUAACUUGCUGAGCCAGAAAAUGUGCACUCAUACUCCCAUUGAAAACAAAUACUCGAGAGUUUAUUGUUAUCUCAUUAUGUAGCAUCAUCGAUGCAUGAUGAGAGAGAGCAGGCUAGUAUGAGAGAUCAGUUCUAUAGCUGGCUAAGAGAUAGAAAUGAUAAAGUAAACCUGAGCACAUGGGAAUCACAUAUUCACUGGAGCUGAGGUUUAAAUCCUGUUUCACACAUGGAUUUAUUUAUUAUGGCUGACAGCACAAAUACAGAAAUUGCAUCUCUUCUAAAGAUGAGUGUUUUGCCACUGACUAUUGUGGUAUCAGAAUUUCAUGAGCUGCUUUGGAUGAAUAUCUUACUUCCGUAAAUAAUGCACAGCCCUACUGUGAUGAUUAAGCCUAAGCAUCCCUUACUCUUUAAGGUGGAACAUACUCAUCUUAAAAAAGGCAAAAUUUCCAAAGAUACUGUUCAUUCUGAUGCAGGUAAGUUAGUAAGACUACAUGGAGUCACUCAAGUGCCAAUUGACUUUCCCCCCCUCUGGAGUUGAUGGGUCUGUGUCAGUGCCAUUUUUUCUAUUUCAUUUCCUACAGUAAUUUAAAAAAUAGGAAAAAAUAUGCCCUACUAUCUGGAAUACUGUCUGUCUGCAGGUUUACAGAGCUGGCCUACUACAUCCCCCCCUCCCAAUUUUGUUUACUAUGGGUUGCAUCUGACUAAAGUCAUGCUCAGAGUAGAUUUAUUAAAAUAAACAUUCUUAAGUUAGUCUUUGUUAACUUAAAUCCGUUGAUUCCAGUGGGUCUACCCUGAGUAUGAGUUAGAUAGCACCCUGAAGGUGUAUGUUUCUUUCUAUAUAUCAAGCAAAACUAAAAAAAGUUUUGCAUUGUGAAUUUGGUCAUUUGAUUUCUGUAGAUUGUACAUGUAAUCUUCAAACCUGGCUUGAGUAAGCAAAGGUGAAAGGAAACUUUCUAAUUCCCUUUUGUUCAGUUGUUGUUAAUAUCAUGUUUAAACAUUGUGUUUAAGAAAAAUAGUCAAAGACAGUGUUUCAUUUCAUCUUCAACAAAUGCAAAGCGGGAUGCUUUUAUUUCUCUUUCCUCCUGAUUUUAAUGUAUAUAUGUGGGGUAUAUUGUCUGUUUGGUUGUAAAUCACUUUGUGUUGUCCUGGGCAAGAUAAAGCAACUGACAAAUUUAAUAAACAAAUGAAAUAAAUAUUAGGCCAGUACGUUUGUGCUGAUAAUGUUAGUUCCAGUUUAUACUCAAAUGCAAAGGUGUGUUUUUUAAAAAAAAUUUAUUUGCAAAACGGGUUGCAACUUCUGUUGUUUUACAUAGACCUUAAAGAUACAAUAACAUAUUAUUUUAAUACUUUUUUCUGAAGAGAAUGGGCAAAAAUAAUGUAAAAUGACAGUACAUAAUCUUUACACUGAGAUACACUUGGGCCAGCUCAGAAAAAAAGCUCUGGGUGAUUCUUCCUGGCCCUCAUUAAUAAACUAAAAUAGAGAGUUGGCACUGAACAGAUCUGUGUAGAACAUAACAAUGAAAAAUCCAGUCUUACUGGUUUAAUGUGAUUAUUCAACAUUGGCCUGCAAAGGUGCUUGUUAGCUAUGUAUGUUAAAGGGUGCAAUGAAAAUUGCAUCAGCUGAUUUGUGGGAAGGGAACUUUCCCACAUGGCACAAAACAUUAUUUUUUCAGUGUCAAGAAAAAAAUCAAUCCUGUUAUAAUGCCAGAGCUAUAUGGGAAUUAAAUGUACACUAGUUGAGAUCUCUCUUUUUUUGGCAGCAAGCAGCAUGGAAACCCAGACCUGUGGAGAAAGAAGGUUACUUGAAAUAAAUGGAGCUCAUGUUGCGUUAUGUUGAAACUCUAGUUGGAUUCAACAGAUAUAUUCCAUUGCAUUGUGAUGGAACAUUCAUUACUGGUCUCAAGAUGGAAAUUGUGGUGAUCUCAGGCGGGGUAGCCAGGUGAUGUCUAUGGGUUGCAUCUGUUUAGAGCAGGGGUUGUCAACCUGGUCCCUACCGCCCACUAGUGGUAGGAUUCUAGGUGGGCGGUAGGGGGUUCUGUGGCACAAGCUGAAUUCUUCCACUGAGCACUGGUGGGUGGUAAGGAAAUUUUUACCAUCAAGAAAGAUGCAUUAGUGGGCAGUAGGUAUAAAAAGGUUGACUACCCCUGGUUUAGAGUGUUUAUUUUAUUCAACCUACUUGUGGUUCAGGGUUCCCUUGUGCAGCAGCUUCUUAGAGAGUGCUCACAGUUCUUCAGUGCAUGCCAUGGGGUCAGGCAUGCAUCCCAGUUCUGGGGAAAGAACUCUGAGCUGCCUAGCUUCCUUGCAGAGACUGGUCAUAGCCACCUCCUUGGGCAGAGGGAAAAACAAGAGAAAGAGUUAUCCAAUAGCAGCAGUGGCAGGUGGUACUGUUGUAGUUCGUUUUGCUUUCUUCUCAAAACUGUAACUUCUCAAAAGUUAUUUUUUAAUCAGACAUUCCCUGGAUGAGCUGAGCUCUUCUAGCUUGCAUGUGCCCAAGGUUCAUUGCACAAAUUACCUUGAAGGGUGGGGAAUAUAGAGAGAUGCAGAUUUGAGUCCAGUGCUUUGAAUCAGGGCAGGGCUUGACCAGCUCUUUAUGCAUACGAAUAGGCCCAUAUCUGUUUGUGUAUAGAAUUGUCCUUGAGUCUAUAUUCUUCCCUGCCUGCCAGAAAGCACUUUUUCCGGAGUGGCAGUAUGCAACUGCUUUUCAUGCUUUGUGUACCUUGGCUACCAAAACAAACUCUUAAAAAAAAAAGAAGCCUGUACAGAAACUGGCUGCAAACCAAUGCAAAUGAAGUAGCCUUAUCUGAGGAUUCAAGUGUUAAUGCUUUUGAAUGUUCCCUUUCAUGCCCCAGGAUUAUAAUUUAGUUGAGUAGUUCUAGUCAAAUAAAUGCUGCACGUAUUUCCAUUUUCUGUGCCCUCCUCACAAAAAAACCAAGAGGGUUUUUCAUUGGUGGUGGUGAUAAUGGUGUUAUUACCUAUAAAAUGCUCAGAAAUUCUGCAUCUCUGCGGAGAGCAGAGUUGACCAUAAGACUUUCCAGUGCUUCAAACUUAUUUCAGUGUGCUGGCAAUCAUUCGUAAAACCCUAAAUAGUCCGGGUCCUGCACACCCAGAAGACUGCCCUCACUCUUAUAUUUUAUUAUGAUAUUAAUGAUUCUCUUAAAUAUUCAAUCCAGUCCAUUGGCUUCCCUUCAACUUUGAAACUACCGUAUUUUUUGCUCUAUAAGACUCACUUUUCCCCUCCUAAAAUGUAAGGGGAAUUGUGUGUGCGUCUUAUGAAGCGAAUGCAGGCUACGCAGCUAUCCCAGAAGCCAGAACAGCAAGAGGGAUCGCGGCUUUUGCGGUGCAGUGAUCCCGCUUGCUGUUCUGGCUUCUGGGAUUCAGAAUAUUUUUCUUCUUGUUUUCCUCCUCCAAAAACUAGGUGCGUCUUGUGGUCUGGUGAGUCUUAUAGAGCGAAAAAUACAGUAUCUUUUUCUAGAGGCUUGACUAAAACCACUAAUGGGAAGGAGAAUAGUGGGGGGGGGGGAGGGAAAUGGCAUUUUGUCGCCUAUCCUAAGCCCUCAGAACCCUGAUCACAUUGCAGAGGGUUGGACUAGAUGACCCUUGGAGUCCCUUCCAAUGCUACAAUCCUGUGAUUCCAUAAAUCCAAUCAAAUAAUUCCUCAUUCUAGAAAGCACUUUAACAACCCUAAACUGGACAGUGUUAGGCAUUUUUUGUAUCGGUGAAGUAGUCUAGGCUUGAUUCUAACCUGCAUCAUGUGUACAGUGGUGCCUUGGGUUACAUACGCUUCAGGUUACAUACGUUUCAGGUUACAGACUCCGCUAACCCAGAAAUAGUACCUCAGGUUAAGAACUUUGCUUCAGGAUGAGAACAGAAAUCGUGUGGCGGUGGCGCGGCGGCAGCAGGGGGCCCCAUUAGCUAAAGUGGUGCUUCAGGUUAAGAACAGUUUCAGGUUAAGAACAGACCUCUGGAACGAAUUAAGUACUUAACCCGAGGUACCACUGUAUAUGUAUGAAUGAUGCAUCUGUAUAUAUAUGAGUGAUGCAGGGCAGAUUAAACAUCGUAGGCAGAACUGUCAUGAAAAUGCAAACCCAAUGGUGUUCAGCAGAGUCCUAGUGUUCUGCUGCAAGUCACCAGAUCUGAAGAAAUCAAGAGAACUAGCUUAUUGGUGGUGACUGUUAUUAUUUAUUACCCACCUUGAGGUUAGGUGUGUCCUAAGUACUUGUUAGGCAAGUGAUUACAUCAGGACUGGAGGGGGAAGCUGUGUCAUCCCUCACAACCAUGUACUUAUUGUUGUUAUUAUUACCCCAUUUCUUACCUGCCUUUCACCAUAAGACCCCAGAGCAAGUUACAGCAAUUUAAAACUAUAAUAUUAAAAACAGCUUAAAACAGAUUGCAGUCGCAGGAAUAGGGUGAGAGGUGCAGUCUUCCACUUCUGACUUCCUGCACUUCUUGACUGCAUGGUAGAUGACUUGCAAUGUGUUGCAAUAACGAAUGACCUGGUGUGAUCUUAUUGUGUGCAGUCUGAACAUUAAAGUAAUGUGUGAUGUGCAGCAGACUUUGCUUUGUUGUUUGAUUCAUGUCUGCAUGUAAAGAUCUAAAAAAUAAUAAUAUAUGAAUGAAAAUGUAAGCAUGCAUUUUCUGGGGCGAUAACCUUGUUGCUAUGCACAGGGUUUUCCAGCAAGGGAGAAAAGUCAUGAACUUCGUACAUAAAGAUCUCAACCUUGUAGGCCAUCUAUAUAAUUGCAGAACUACCGUAUUUUUCGCUCUAUAACACACACCCGACCAUAACACGCACGUAGUUUUUAGAGGAGGAAAAUCCGUAGGCAUGCCACCCGUAGGCAUUCCCUCCAUAACACGCACAGACAUUUUCCCUUACUUUCUAGGAGGAAAAAAGUGAGUGUUAUGGUGCAAAAAAUACGGUACCCAUUUCUUGCUCUAUACCAUCAAUCAGUAAAGUAGAUUAGAAUUCCCUACUCCAAAUCUAGAUAGCACACACAGCUUGACUGUUUCCCCCCCUUCCCAAUUCUGGACAAUUAGUCCAGUUUAAAGUGCACCCGGGAACUGUGUUAAAGGUACUCUCACAGUAUCCACAAAUGAACUUUCCCCUAGAUUGUCCAGCUGUUAGCAGCCAUCAAGUUAAGUGAUCCUUGUAAUCUUUUAGAUACCUCCUGUUUGCUUUAGACCUCCUUCCCAUUGAGGUGGCAAACAUGGGUCUGAGCUGUACCACUUCAAAUAGCACGAGGGGCUCACAUGAUUGAAUUGUCCAGAAAAAAGAACUUCCCUGCACAUAGGAAGCUAGAUGUCAAGAGAAGGCCUUCCAACCUAGCCUAAGCUUGUGGAGGGGGGGAAUUCCUUUUUUAUGUAGGAUUCUAUCCCCCCAUGGGCAUACCAUCAUACAUGCCCCCACCCCAAAAGUAUAUGACUUUGAGAACUAAGCCACAGUCAUAUGCUUUUUCUUUGAAUGGUUAAGAGCGCCCAGAGUUGGAAGAGAACUUUGAGAUCGUCUAAUCCAGGCAUGGUCAAACUUGGCCCUCCAGAUGUUUUGGGACUGCAACUCCCAUCAUCCCUAGCUGACAGGACCAGUGAUCAGGGAUGAUGGGAAUUGUAGUCCCAAAACAUCUGGAGGGCUAAGUUUGGCCAUGCCUGGUCUAAUCUAGCCCCUGCCUUAAUGCAGGAUGUGUAAUGGAGGCUGCAACUAUGUUAUCCCAUUGAGUCUCUGCUAAAUACCUCUUGUCAAAUGAGAGCCCAUCACUGCCCUUGCUCUUCCCCUCAGACCUUAAACCCUCACAACUGGAGGUUUUGAAACUUUUAUUGAUGAAGUCGGUGUAGCAUCCCAACGUGUGUCUACAGGUUACAAGCAGGUAAAACAUGACAGAGCAGUAAAAUACGUACAUGUGUAGGCUUACCUGAGAUGUUGAUCCAAUACUUGGCAUGGCCCCCACACUCUUCCUUUUGAAGAGCAAGGUGUGCACAGCUUAUUCACAUGCUUGAUGUCCUGAGCCUCAGGGCUGGGCAAGCAAACAGAAACUCCUCCAUAGAGGCUGGGCUAGCAUGGCCUGCUCACUCAGGCGCCUCUGCGUCCUUGGGAGAUGGAGGUUGUGUUGAUAUAGCCUACUCAUAGUUGGGCUUGAACCCUGGCACUGGAGCCACCGCCGCAGCUGGUGAUGUAUCACUUGGGGUUUUCGAUGCCACGGAGGCAGGCUGCUCUUCUGACAGGGCCCUUCCUCUGAAUCCAGAUCUCCCAAUCCUCUGGGACCUUCCCUGGGUCAGAAUCCUAUAAUGGCGCCAAGUUAUCACCCCCUCCCACCCCACUAGGAUUUCCCCUUGUUCAGCCUCUCCUGGCUCCUUCCACUUACUCUCGUCAUCCAGCCACCCUCUUCAUGAUGACAAUCACCUCCUGAGGCAUCCUGUUUCAUUGUGGAUCAACCCUUAGCAUUCAGAAGUUUUUCCUAACUCUUAGCUGAACUCUGCUGCCUCCUUAAUAAUUUCCCACCUGUUAGUUCUAGUCUUGCCUUCUGGUGCAGCCCAGAACAAGUUCCCCCUUCUACCUGGCAGUUGUUUUCCAUUGUCUAAAAGGUCAAACAUAUCCAGCUCCUACUGUUGUUCCUCACAUAGGAUUUGGUUUUUGAACCCUUUGACAUCCUCAUCCUCCUCCUUCACCAUUCCACAGUUUUAUAAAAGCCUUUCCCAGUCGGGCACAUUUUUAGAUUAGUGGGGAGGGAACUCUGGCCUGCAGAUCUAUUUAGGGCUGCCCAUUUGGCCAUUUCAACCAAGCCCUGCCCACCUGUCCGAGAUGGAGGAGGUAAGGAUUCAGACUACCAGUUGGAGCCAGUUCCCCACUCCUGCAGUAGAUAUUUUGGACUACAACUCCCACCUGCUCCAGCAAGCACUGGCAUGUCAGCUGAGGCUGAUGGGAGUUGUAGUUUUUUAAAAAGGCAGGCGGAUACACUGGGUUGUGCCAGUGCAAGUUCCUAUAGCCUGGUUCAACAUGAAAUAACAACAGUAGUGGACACCUUCUCCCAUCUCUCAGGAUUUUGUUAAAAUAAUGAGACUAGGCACAGGAAUUGCUAACAAGUUCUUUUGAACAGAUGAGAAGUAAAAAGAAGCAAUCCCAAACAAUGCAAUGAAUAAUGGUGGUAUGAUAAUUUUAGAUAAUAUAAAAUAUUCAGCGAUUUCUUUUAAAAGACAGUUAUACAGUGCUAACAUUUUAAUUGGAUUUGUUAAUAAUGGGUGUGUAACAAUUCAGUGAGAAGUUGCCAAGGGUGUGGGGUGGGGUGUAACUUCUCCAAUGCCAUGGGAAUUUCACAGCAUUAAAGGCAUCUUUUAAAUCUUAUUUUCAAUCCUAAAGGAAGGAUGCUCUUAAAAAACAACAACCAACAACAAUUCCAAACCCAAGAAAACUAAUAAUCUUAGGAUAUUCAGGUGCUAUCCACAAGCUGAAACCUGUGACUUGUCAUGUUACAGUUAUUGUAAUGAAAUAACGUAUUUUUUGCUCUAUAAGACUCACUUUUUCCCUCCUAAAAAGUAAGGGGAAAUGUGUGUGCGUCUUAUGGAGCGAAUGCAGGCUUCACAACUAUCCCAGGAGCCAGAACAGCAAGAGGGAUCACUGCUUUCGCUGCGCAGCGAUCCCUCUUGCUGUUCUGGCUUCUGGGAUUCAGAAUAUUUUUUUCUUGUUUUCCUCCUCCAAAGACUAGGUGCGUCUUAUGGUCUGGUGCGUCCUAUAGAGCGAAAAAUACGGUAAAUAUUAACCAGUGUGGUACAGUAAGCAUAUAGUAUUGGCCUGGGGUUCAGUUUCCAUUUGGCCACAAAACUCAGCCUAGCCUAUGUUUAUGAUUGUUGCUCCCUGAUUUCCUGCGAGAUGGGAAGACAGUAGAAAUAUAAAUAGGAUAAAAUAAUGGUAGUAAGCCAGAAUGUCUGGAAUCAGAAUGGGUUUUAUCACUUUAAUGUCUAUUACGUAUAUGAGAGAAGACGUUAAACCCAAAUAGAUCUAUGUACUCUGUUCCCAACGAAAUUGUUGCUGGAAGAAAUAGAAUUGUCUUUCAGAAAGCUUUUGGCCUGUCUUCUUCAAUGUGUGCCCCCAAAGGCCUUGCUUGGAGAGUAGGUCAGGAUGAGCUAAUCCAGUGUGGCAAUGGAUAUAUACACAUGGCACAUGGGAAUACAUAGCACGUCAGGCGCUGCAACCCUCCAACAGUUUGACUUCACCCCCGAAGGCGCACUCUUCCAUCGCCUCCAAGACAGAUGGAUGCCAACAAGCAAUUAACAUAACUGCAAUACCACUGUCCAGUGUCUUGUUUGUGUACUAUAAUUUCUCUGCUGCCCUCAUGUGGAUUUUAAAGCUUGCGUGCCCUUGAUAGGUCAGUCAUAUGAUUUCCUCUCUGCAGUUCAAAUUCCUUUGUGUUGGAUUAAUGGCUUGCAAGUAGUGUAGGAAUUAAUACGACUCCUAACACCGGGGGCCUGCAAGUUGUUUGUGCUGACACCGGCAAGCAAACUGAAAUGUGCUUUAGGUGAUAGAUGGUGAAAGAGGGAAAUUGAAAUCCUUUUCUCUCUUUGUCUGCCCCCAAAUGGAAGAGAAGAGGCAGCUACUCUUUACACAGAACAUAAAACAAGCCCACUGUCAAGAACGGACUGAGUAAGCUCUCAGGAUCUCUUUGCUUGCUCUUAAAAAUUGAGAAGAGUGGAAACCCAGGUCAAAAUACACUUGCGUUUCUGUUUGUAGCAAGAUGUAUGUACUUCCCAACAAUGGGAGAAUCCCUCUUCCUCUUUUGCAAAGGGAAGAGGAACUGCAAGACACUGAAAGGGCUCAGGUGGGUUCAACUCGUAGCAUCUCCAGGAAGGGCCCCCUGCCAGAAACCCUGGAGAGUCGCUGCCUGUCAGUGUAGACAAUACUGAGCUGCAUGGAUCAAUGGUCUGACUCAAGGCAUCUUCCUGUGUUCAGACAGGUUCCAUUUGCGCAGCUUAUGCAUGAGGUCAGGUCAUUGUAGCCAUAAGCUAUGAUCCAGAGAGAGAGAGCGCACCUACUGUGUCUGCACAGGCUGUAGCUUGAUGCAAAGUUUGCAUUGGCACAACUGGAUGUCAUUUAUUUACACUGUUCACUUUCCUCCCCUCUUGCGUGUCUCAGUAAACAGAAGCUGUGUUUUGAAAUUUCCCUGAAUUUAAAGUUCACCGUACAGGAAUGGUGGAGUAGCACUGAAGUGCAGGUGUAGACUGUGCCAGGCUCCAGGUGGUAAGGACAGGCCUUCCAAUCAAUGGUGGCCAUGGAUUUGUAUAGAUUCAAGUAUAGCUUUAAGCUUUCUCAUCAGUAGAUGAGACUAACUUAUGCUGGCUCUGCAUUUUCAUUUUGGUGAACACCUGUUGCCAGAGGAACUCUUUCGCUGUGGUGCAAAUGGGCAAGUUCCUUUAAUUUGCCAUCCACAAAUAAUUAAGUCGAUAGAGCGAGUGUGAAUUUACCUGUAAUUAGAGUCCUUGGUUGCUUAAAAACCAGGAUUUGUGUAAGUCUGUAAUGGGAUUAGUGUUAUGAGCUUCAGUGCACCAUAGUGCAAUACGAUGUGAGCUUUUGCAGCGUUUAAUCUAGAUAAUCUAAAAUAUUAUCCUGUUGGCGCUGGCCGCAAGCCUUCUGGAGUUUUAUGAAAAUGACAUUGUAAGUAACAACUCCCCCGCCCCCCAAAGAAGUUACCAGCCUGUUGGGGACUGACUGAAAAAAUGCAUUUGUAUGCUGGGUGCUGGAGAAAGGGCAGCUCAUUCUGCUUCUAUCCUGUGUGUGGAGAUGUCACUUGCCUGGGUGACUCACUUGUUUGGGUAUAAUUUCAUGCACCUGCCUGCUUCCAGUCCUUGGUUGCCGAUGGGUACCAGGCUAGUACUUAAAUACAAGGGUGUCUUUAAAAGUAGGAUCUUUGAUGUUGCACCAGGUAACUGCAGAAACAUAUACUGACAGUAUUCCCUGGUGGUUUAUAGAUUAGUCUCCUAUCGGGCAGACUUUGGCAUGCACUGUGCUGGGGUGCUUUCCCCCCAGAUACAACAACUUUAACAACAGAGUACAUUUUAGUGUGUGAGAGAGCAGGGAGUUAGUUUUGUGUAAAUGGUGUAGAACUUAAAAUAUUACUUGUUGCUGCAACCAGGUCAAGCUAUGAGGCAUCAUUCUUUCAUUCUUUCGCUGGUCUGUAGUACACGUCCUUUGUGAGCGGAUAUGAGUUGUGCACUGGCUUUGGAUAGAGGAAAUCUGGUGUUAUCAGGGGGUAGGCAAUAAUGGAAAGUCAAGUAUGUGUAUUCCUAGCAUUAUGAACAACCUGUUGUUGGAAGCUACUAAACAAACACACCUUGAUGUGUGUGUUAAGAGAUCAUAGCGCAGAUUCUGUUCAACACAAAUAUGGCUUAAUCUUCAGCCUUUAUGUAGUACAGCUGAAGUCGUCGUCUUUUUAAAAAAAAUUACGGGGAUCAAUAUUUAGAGUGUGAAAUAAUCUGGCUCCUGUUUUUGCUUGUUUGUAGAAAUGCCAGUCAGAAGCUGAUUACUUGGAAAUGGGAUCACUAUGAUGGCAAAUUCUCUUUAUGGUAUUUGAAGUGCAAUAAAUAAAUUUUGGGAUAUAUUACCCGGUAAAUAAGAGAACAUUUCUGCCAGCGUAGCUUCUCUGUCAUGCAAGUUUGUCAUCUUAGGUUGACAAAUCCAUCUGGUGAGGGUGUAACUAUGAUUUUGUGUUGCAAUGGGAGGGAAGGCUUUGCAGAAACCUCCCAUUAGUUGACAGAUUCUUUUGUGUAUUACACUAGUAGAAUUGAAAAGGAAAUCUGUAUGGCAGAGGUUUUCAACCUUUUUGAAUCCAUGGCUUCCUUGGCCAACUACAGUCUUUCUGCGGCACCCCCAUGGGGCUUAGGAGCCCAGUUAUGUCACCCCUUGCCUGCAGAGCUGGCGGCCUCUCACCCUUUUUCGAACACCCUACCUUGUUGAGGGUUCCCUCAGCCUCCUCUUCUCUCUCCUUGGGAGUCCUCUGGGCAGCUUCUGUCUCUGGUCUCUGAGCUGCCCCCACCCCAAAGAAGAGGUUCCUCCCAAAAGCACCAUUCGCCUGCGGAGCUUAUAGCCAGGGCUGCUGCAAUAAACAGCUGUGCAAGCAGGCACCCCAGGUUGCCAUGGUACAGUGGUUGAAAACUACUUCUGUACGGUAAGAAAAUUAGACAUGCAAAAGGAUGAGGUGUUUAGCUUUUUUAACUGUGAAGUGAAACAGGUUUGGAAGCAACAAAAUCUUUUUGUGAACUGUGUGUGUUUGUGGGUGUAGAAGAGCCCUAUUCAAAGUUUUCCUCUUAGGUACAUAAUGUUCUUUAUCUCUUAAGGGCUAGAAAUUAAAACUUCUAUAAAAUGGACCUUGAGAUGCUCUGGGAAUAUGAAUGAAAGACCUUAAAUCCUCAGGGCAACAUUACAAACAAGAAGGGAAAACUCAUAAUAACAAUUCGUAAUAAAUGUAAGGUUUCAUAAAAGGCUGUGGGGAACCAUUAACUUGCAAUCCUCUGCAUGCUUAUGUAAGACGAAGCCCCAUUAAAUUCAGUGGGACUUGCUUCUGAGUACUCAUAGGAUCAGGUUUUUGGGUUAACAUGUAUACUAUACUAACACUACCUUUCAGUCAUAAGGGUACUAUCAGUAAGAGCUUAAACAUUAGGCUUCUCCUCUAAAUUGCCAGAAACGCAGAAUGAAAAUCCAAAACCAGAAGCUGUGCAGUCUCCAGAAGCUGAUUGGACUGAACAACACCCACUGUUUGAAUAUUAUGACAGCAACUAUUUGUAGCAUGGUUAGUGUUUAGCCUGCUCACCAGUAGGCAUUUAGAAUCUGAGGGAGCCUUCUAGGAAUUUAAAGCACCCUUCCCACUAUUAUAAAAUUGACUAUGCCUCUUUCUAUGGUCAGCCUUGUCCUAGCAACACAAUGGAAAUACAGAUGAAAAUAAUUCUUUUAAUGAAGGGUUUGGGGAAAUGUCUAGGUAUCUCUGUUAAUUGUAUUUGGAUUUCUUUUAUCUGCCUUAGCUCAAGACUGCAAGGUUGAUUCCGGUACAUCUUUAUCUCUUUUUAUCUACACAACAGGUUAGAUUUAUCCAAGAGUGGGUGACAUGUCCAGAAAAAGUAUAGGAAUGGGAGAUGGAGGGGAAUAGAAAUACCUUGGCUACAGCACCGGCUGGGUUUGUUUCUCUUUGAGAUUUCUUCAUCCUUUGAUUUGUAAUUAAUUGUGUAAACCGAAUAUAUUUAGGUUUUUUAGGCUGCCCAUUUGGAGGUUUCAGAGAGAGUGCUAUUGGUUCUUAAGCCCUCCAUAAUGGCUAGCUAAAAAUUAAACUUGAGAAUGUUAGUCCACUCCUGCCCCCCCCCCAAAAAAAACCCAGUCACUGGAAGAAGGGACAACAUUCUGCUCUUUUCUUCAAAUUUGUGCAGGAUAGUUGCAUUUUUCACUCACAAGAGAAAGUUAAGAAUAUCUUGUUGCCCCAACUGCUUUUCUAUUCCAGACUGAGUUAAAUGUAGCCUUGUAUGCCACAUGGAAAGCACAUCCCUGUGUCAGUAGUCCAUGCUUUGCAGCAGCAGUAUCACUUAAAGGGCUCUUAAUGCCCCCCCCGCCCUAUCUGGUGCCUGUAGUAUCUGCACGUCAGUAUAGUUCUCUCCCAGAAUAUACAAUGACAUUGCAAUGCUGCGUGCAGCCUAUAGAUGAGUGGCCUUCUGCCUACUCAGUAGUCAAUCCCAUUGAAAUAGAAUCCUAGGCAUGUGUACUUCAAAGCAGUGUUAGAAACUGAGAUAUGAAAGCUAGGAUCUAAACGGCACCUUAAGCAUGGUUAUGGGUGUAACAGUGUCUAGGCACAUUUUUCUUAUAACAAGAAUACAAAGCUGAAAAUGAAUGAACUGCAGCUAAAAUAUUAUGUUCAUUUUUUACAUGGUCUAGUAGUCCUUCCCCUGACCACCCCCUUGAUAUUCUUAAGAGGGCCUCUUCUCCAGUCUUCAGAGAGUGGCUGGAAGUGGGGAGGCAGAAAAGGUCCUCCUUUCCUUCCACUGCAGUUUUAAACUGAAAUCCUAGGGCUCAGUACUGUGCCCGGAAUUCAGAAGCUGAUCGCGCUAAAGAUCAGCUUUUUGCAAAAUGCGCCUAGAACAAUGGGAGCUUCGAACACUGCUUCAAAGUAAAUCCCACUGAAUUCAGUAGGAUGUACUCCCAGGAUUGUAGCCCUUAAUGUUAUAAUUGAUGUGUGGAGCGUGAACAUGGGCUUGUGGUGGUUUGGGGGCAGCCUCGACACAGAAAAUGGAUUGUUCAAAUUGACUUUCUGUUUAAAUGUUUGCCAGUAGCAAAUAAAUAAAUGUAGCUUAUUUCAACGACGAUGCAUAAGUAACACAGAGGAUAAAUUAUGUAAACAGCCCGUAUGUUUCUGGUGGCAUCUUAUCCUUUGACGGGAGGCUGUUUUCCAUCUGUUUCCUUGUUCAGUUUGGAGCAACUGGUUGGGGCAGGCAUGUUCCUAACACCCCCUGUAGCACUUGUGUCAAUUCCAAAAAUAGAACCAGAGGAACUAUUUUGGGAGCGUUGUUUCCCCAAAGGAGGGAGACAGGGAAAGCGAUUGGCCAGAAAGUGUUCUUCCCUUCCCUUUUUAUCCUGGCUCAUUCUAUUCAGUAAUUCUAAGAAUCAACCAUAAUAACAUACUGUAUACCUGCUGUGCGUAGAUCCAGAUUUGAGGAGGUGUUUGUAAUAAGAAAUACGUAAUUCUACAUUUGUGCGCUGUUCCUUUGAGUGUGAACGUAAGGCUUAAUAAUAGGCAUGGGUAAACAAUUCCAUGGGCAGUGAGGGUGGUGUUGGCAGUGCCGCUUUUUAAAAGUAGAAUAGUGAGUGGGCUGCAUCCUAGAACAUAGAUAUCUGCUUGCUCUUUCUUCCUCGCACAAAGUAUUCCUGCUGCUUUGCCUCCAUCCGCCCCAGCAUUGUAGAAACCUGUGCAGGUUAUCAUUAAGACGGAAGUUGCUAUGGGAAAUAGGGCUGGGAGGUGAUUGCUUUUCACUGCUCUGUUUUCCAUCUAUGUCAGGAAAUACCUGUAUGCUUAGUACUGUGAAUGUGCCUGGCACAACAGGGUAACAUUAAUUAAAAAAGGACAAGUCUCUGUCCUAAGUUGCUUACAGUCUAAAUUUUAAUGAAGCUGGGCAGAGAUGAUAGAGUAAAAUAAACAAUGGGAGAAAAUAUUCAGAACUUGCUGAUUCAACUCUUGGAAAAGUGGUGGUGGUGGUUGUUUUUGCAGCCAACUGGGGGUUGAGGUUAGGGGUUAGGAGAAUGCAUAUUUGUGACUGAGCUUACUGGUUCUAAAUUCUGAACUACCAUGGUAAUAAACAAUUCAGUGAUUUUGCAUGCUAAAUAUGCAUAUCAGGCUCAGAGAGAGAGAAUUAUGAUUUUAACUGUCUUGAUACGGUUGUUUUGAAGAGGUACUAAAUAAGUAACCAAAAUAUGAUUUGUGCUUUGCUGCUUAUUAUUGAGUUAUAUCCAAGAGAGGACCUUUAAACUUUCCGUGGGACUCUUGCCCUGCUGGAAUCCCUUUGCCCCCACCCCCUUCUGAAAUGGCAUCCUAGGCCACCUGAAACUUCACUUAAAACACACGAACAAAAGCUUUCAGAUAAUUGGGCAUGAAUAUCACUUUCCAAUCAGCGCCACGUUUCUAAGCUUAAUGGCUUUGUUACCCUUAACGUCCCACCUUUAGAAAUACUUUAAGAAUGCUCACAUUAAUUCUUCUUUUUGUCUCCCUUCUAUUCCUGCCCCUUCUCCAGCGUUCCCCUGGUUUGGCAUGGAUAUUGGUGGGACGCUUGUGAAACUGGUCUACUUUGAACCAAAGGACAUUACCGCUGAAGAGGAACAGGAGGAGGUGGAAAACCUGAAAAGCAUCAGGAAGUACUUGACUUCCAAUACAGCCUACGGUAAAACUGGGAUUCGAGAUGUCCACCUCGAACUGAAAAACUUGACUAUGUGUGGGCGGAAAGGGAACCUUCAUUUCAUCCGUUUUCCAAGCUGUGCUAUGCACAGGUUCAUACAGAUGGGUAGUGAAAAGAACUUCUCAAGCUUGCACACCACGCUUUGUGCCACGGGAGGCGGAGCUUACAAGUUUGAAGAAGACUUUCGAACGGUAUGUUUUGUUUGCACAAUGUCUUGGUUUAAGGAGCUCUUUCCUACCCCUUUCCUGGUGCUGCCAGAUCAAAUACAGGGGGGGUGUUUGUGUCAGUCAGACCUUAGGACGUCAUUGUUUAUUUUUGUCACUCCAAGCCAGCAAACCUGCCUUUAAGCUUCAGUAAGUGCUAACUGAGGAGAAUUAACUACAAGUGCUAACUACUGUCUGUGUCUCUGGGGGAGAGAGAGAAAGGAGGCACAGGGGUGGCAAUAUUUGUUAUGCCGUGUUAACACAUAUAUCACGCUCAGAAUUUUCUCCUUAUAUCUAUUAUUUUUAUCAGUUUUAAGCCUAAAUGCAGGAAAGCACAGCUUCGACUCAGCAUGCCACACAGCCUCAAACUGUGCAUUGUAGACGGAGUCUGUCAACAAAUCAAGUUCCUGGUUUUUUGUUAGCAGGCAUUGGUGUUCCAUUGAGUCAGGUUGACCGUUCCUUGUUGGUGUUUUUGUGAGCAUGGAAGUUGUAUAGCUACCUCAUGAUCGGGGAAAUGGCUAUAGUGUGCUGCUAUCUGCAGCUUUGUACACAAUCAGAUUAUGGGGAGUAACUGAAUGCAUUUUGCAGGUAUUCCUCAAUAUGUGGUUGCUGUAUGUAUGUAAAAGAUGUGAGGGCAGGGCCGAUAGGUUACCAUUGAAUUAUAGGAUUACACAUCCAUGCUUUUUAAGGAAAACUGGCCGCUUGAAUGAGUGGUUAAGAGAGAGCUCAGUGAACUGGUUUUCUGAUUCACUUCAAGAAACCAUACGUAACUGAUGGUGCUACUGCUCUCCUUUCCUCCAAACAUGGCUGCCUGCUCAGGUGAGCUGUAGUUGUAGAACUGUAGGCAUGACUUUUAAUUUAAAAGAGAGACAGAAAACACUGCUGGACUGCAGGUUGACUAAAAAAAAAAGUUUCUGAUUUAAAUAGCUGUAUGGAGAUCUUGCAUUGGGAGCUCUGGUAUUUUCUGAAGAUUAGCAGGAGCUGCAGAUCCAUAAAUUUUGCAGAACUUUCUUUUGCCUGAAGUCAGGAAGUCCUCUAAAAAGAUGCCCAAACCCCCAAUGUAAUUUUUCUUUUGAGUGAUACCAGCUGCUCCCAUAGGCACAGUAAUUACCGUAUUUUUCGCUCUAUAGGACACACCCGACCAUAGGACGCACCCUGUUUUAGAGGGGGAGAACAAGAAAAAAAAAUUCUCCCCCUCUCUGUUCAGCACCCCUUCAGCGAAGUGGCAGGAGAAAUGGAGCCCCUUCCAUUUCUCCUCCCACUUCGCUGAAGGGGCGCUGCACAGCUCUCCCUCUCUGCUGAAGCCAGGAGAGUAUUGCUCUCCCAGCUUCAGCAAAAGGAACCCAAAGCCUUUGGAGCGCAGCGCGAGUCCCGCUGUGCUCCAAAGGCUUCAGGCGGCUAUCCCUGAACCCCUCUCGCUCCCCAGGCUUCAGCAAAAGCAACGCGAAGCCUCCGGAGCACGGAGGGAGCGCUCCCUCUGCGCUUUGGAGGCUUCGUGUUGCUAUUGCUGAAGCCAAGGAGCCUGCAUUCGCUCCAUAGGAUGCAUACACAUUUCCCCUUAAUUUUUGUGUGUCCUAUAGAGCGAAAAAUACGGUACUUCCUUGGCCUGCUUUUCUUAUUUAAAAGUACAAGAGAAGCAUUUGUUUUUCAAAAUCACACAACCCCUGAACAGAUUCCACUAAGAAUUCAGGCAGGUCUGUGUCAACUUACAAUUCUCAGAAUGUUUACGGUGUUUGCUGCUGUCCUGAGGCAAUGGGUGAGGCAAGGUAAGUAAGACGAUACUCUUUCUGUAUUGCUUUCUGUGGGUGAGCAUGCUGCUGAGGAUUAUGUAACACAUGCACACACGUUCUUUUGUUUUUCACCUUAUGGCACCUUAAUUCUAGAAGAGAGGUGGGAACGAUUAUUCUCAGCCAUCUUUUGAAAUGUCAGUUAAAACCCCCACCCAACACAAUUUUCAGAGCAUGCAUUAUAUCCAAACAACUGAUGUUCCACCGCUAAGGGUUUCAGAUUGUACGUAUUUCACUAACGAAUGGAUCCCUGCAGGGAAGGGAUGGUAACAGAGCUGUUUCAACACUGUAACAGAAGCAGCUGAUAUUUCCAGUCCUGUGAUGGACUACAGUUUCAGUUAUACACCCUUCAUUCAUUAUGCAAAACUCAAUUAUAUUGCCUGUGUGGUUGUAGAGGGUUGACUAAGAAAACAGACCAGUUCUUGGUACGUGUGUGUGUGUGUGUUUUUGUUUUCAUGGUAAAAACUAGUCCUCUUUCAUGGUAAAAACUAGUUCUCUUUCCCUACCACCCACAACUAUAAUGACUAAUGGGAACUUCAGUGCAAAGGUGGAUUUUUAAUUAGGCUCGACUUUUGUGUGGUGUUUUAUAUUCAACUGCACAAAUUUUGUUCAACCUGAGGGAUUGGCAACCGUUGGCCAGGGUGUGUAAUUCAGUGGAGUAUUUGCUCUUCACUGUGUGCAUCUCACGGCUGCAGAUUUGGUACCUGAGUAAAGUAAGGGGAUCAGCACCAGAGGUUUGCAAGGGGAGAGCAUAUCCCCAGGGUGUUGGUAUUCACACUGGAGCAGAGGUGUUCAACCUUUGUGAGCCCACGGCUUCCUUGACCAACUGCAUUCUUUCUGCAGUUCCUCUGUGGGGAAACAUGCUGUGAGCCUCAGAAGCCCAAAGAGCUGGCAGCUAUAUGGCACAUGGUUCGAAAACCUCUUCACUAGAGAGAAGGCCUUUUUUUCUGUGAGGCUGUGGACAAAGGCCAUGUUGCCUGUCACUCAAAUUUGAAAGGUCCCGUUUGUUUUAAAGUUGCUAUUAGGCUGGACUUUGCUGCAUAGCUGGAUUCUGGCUUUAUAAUUGCACUUUAAAGCUGGCAACAUACAUUGUUAUGGGAACUGAAAAUAUUUGAGGGCAAUAUUCUUCUCAUAAGUUACAAAAGCAUUUUGUUUGACUCAUCUCUUGGAAAACAGUUUGUGUAGGCUUUGGGGACAAUAUUAAAAACCUAUUUGAUUUCAGGUGAAAGUGGGAUGGGUAGAUCCUUCUUUCGAAACCACUUAAGAUUUCCUUUAAAAAACCCAGCAACCAUGGUCUGCGAGUAUCGCAGUGUCUUCAAGGAGAGAAAAACAACAACCCCCGAACCUCGAAAUGCACAACAUGGCUUGACCUUGUGAUGUGCUUGUUUUCAUUCUGAUGGCCAACCUGCUUGCUUGAUUAUGAACUUCCUGUGCAAAUACUUCUUAAUUACUUUAGUGAUGACCCGUUGUGCAACUCAAACAGUACAAAGUACUUCAGCAGGGCCUUUUGACUCUUCCAUUAGGUUUCUUAACACUGUAUCAACAAGUGUUCAUUUAUUAACUUCUCUUCCAGAUUGCUGACCUCCAGCUUCAUAAGCUAGAUGAGUUGGACUGCUUGAUCCAGGGCCUGCUCUAUGUGGAUUCUGUCGGUUUCAACGGCCACCCGGAGUGCUAUUAUUUUGAAAACCCCGCAGAUCCUGAACGGUGUCAGAAAAAGCCUUACUGCCUUGAUAAUCCUUUUCCUAUGUUGCUGGUUAACAUAGGCUCUGGGGUCAGCAUCUUAGCUGUGUAUUCCAAGGACAACUAUAAGAGAGUUACGGGGACCAGGUGAAUAUACUAUCUGCAGGAAACAGCUCUUGCUAAAAGAAAAUAACCUGUCUAGAUCUGAGGUUCUGAAGUAUUUUAUUAUUUUUACAGAGGGCCUCCUGAAGUCAGGUUAAUGCUAUCUAAGCCUCCUCAAGCAUAUGUGAGGCAGAAAAAUAAAUAAAAUGCCCCUGAGCUGAGGUGUCAGAGCUAAGAGACACCAUGGCGCAGCCUGUGAUUUGAAUUCACCUUCUUCCUCAGAGCUACUGAACCACACUGUAUGGAUCUGAGACAAAAGCAGACUUCCCCACUUAAUUGCACAGGACUUUUAGCCAACAUAUUUGAGCAGAAUGUUCUUAAGAGAUCUGCAACUGUUUGCAGGUGUGAUAUCAACAACUUAUUGCUUUAGCUUAGCUUGAAAAUCAGAUUCUUGAUAAGUAUUAUCUUCACACAUGGUGUCUACACAGGCAUUUUCUUCUAGAAAUCAGGUACUGCUCCUAUCUUCCUUCCUGCAAGUCUGACAAUAGAUUGAUUCACACAGAAUGAUAAGGCAUGGUCAAUGGCUUAUCAGGAUUUGAACAGGAUGCUGGUGUCAACUGUUUGAUCCUUCCUGCUUCACUCCUCCCCUGGUACCAGCAAUAAGCUGUGAAACACGGCUUGUCAUUGUGGUUUCUCCUUAAAUCACCGUUGCUUGCCAACAUGAAGCUGUGACGUCUUGUUGGCUUUCUGAACAUGUUUUUGGGGAGCCGGUGGGAGACACAAUCCCAGAUUUCGACAUAGUGACAAACCAAGGCUUUAUGGCUUGUUACUCCUGCUCUGACCAGGGGAGCCAUGCUUGAUUACAUUUGAACAGACCACAGUCUUCAGAUUACAACCAGAUGCAUCAUACCUUAAGCUAUCAAGAUGCAGUUCCUCCACCACCCUUUAACCAGUGCAUCAUUGCGAAGUUUCAAUUUGAGGGGCUUUCUUGAAGAAAGGAAUUUGAAGCUUGCCCAGAGAGCAGGCUAUUUAGGAAUCCAGACGGUUGUUACUAACUAUUAUUAUUUAUUAAAGUUGUUAGUUGCUUUGAAAAAACCCAAACAAAAGUAACUCAGUGUGACUUACAACAAUAAACAAAUAACACAUACAGCAAAACCAGCAUAAAACAAAACAGGAAAAUCUGCAAGUUGCAAGUUGGCUGAAAUGAGUCUUCUCUUCUUCCUAGUCUCGGUGGUGGUACAUUCCUGGGCCUGUGUUGUUUGCUGACUGGCUGUGAGACUUUUGAAGAAGCUCUGGAAAUGGCAGCUAAAGGGGACAGUACCAAUGUUGAUAAGCUGGUGAAGGAUAUUUAUGGAGGAGACUAUGAACGGUUUGGUCUUCAGGGAUCUGCUGUAGCAUCAAGGUAAAUAUCAACUGGUCACAUAUAAAUUGAGUUAUUGCAGAUUAUGGGAGAUUACUUAGAUCAGUGUUUCCCAAAUUUGGUUCUCCAGCUGUUUUUGGACUGCAACUCCCAUCAUCCCUGACCACUGGUUCUGCUAGCUAGGGAUAAUGGGAGUUGUAGUCCAAAAACAGCUGGAGAGCCAAGUUUGAGAAAUCUGGAUUUAGAUAUUGAGAGCCUAACAACAUGUUGCAUGCAACCAAACCUGAGUAGGUAGCUAUUUUGUUCUUCAGGAAAAGCUGCUUCAGGAGAGACAGUUAGGAGUAGAAAGAAGUGUGUGUGUUUUGCGUAGUAACCAUUUCCUUACCUGCUGCUUUUCUCUUCCAAAUUGUCCCUGCUAAACUUUUUUCCUGCACAUUUGAAAUACCACGAGGGUGGGGGGAGAGGCAGAUCACUGGGGGUUAAUUUGGAGUGAAUAAGAGGUUUUGUGGAAAAGGUUUUGCAUACGUUCUGCAUCAAAUUGGACCCUCCCAAAACAGUUUUCCUGAAAAUAAACUUUGGUUGCCUGUGUUUGUAUUUAAAAUUAUAGCUGGGCCUCCAUGUGUAAUGCUUAUGUGGGUAUAAUUAAUUAUGUGUACUGCUUAGGACCCUAGUUUGAUUAAUUUCAGCUCACUUGUAUCAUACCGCUUUGCUUUCAGGAUGCGUUGCUUGUACAUUAAUCUUGCCUUGAAAGGAAUUUUUUCCUUCCUCAAUAUCCAACAGCUUCUCUGUGUAUUUCAUACCAAAAUUAAUAGCCUUUAAAGCAGGGGUGGCAAACUUCCACCUGCCCCCAUGUGUGAUGACAGGUGUGGCACAGGUAGAGAGGCGGUUGGAUUGGCUGCUUGACUGUGUUCCCCAUGGGGAAAUUGAUCAUGCAGUGGAUCACUGCAGAAAACAGGGUUGCACUUACCGUCUGUCAGCUGAGAGGCGAGGAGUUCAGCCCUACUGAAUUGGCCGCAUGACUUGAGUUCUCCAUGUGGAAUGCGCUCACGCACCGAUCCCUGCAGAAAGCACCUUUGUCAGCCGUUUGCUGAGUGUAGGGCUGUCAGAGGCCCUUGCACCAUGGUUCCCAAGUACCUGACAACCCGCUGACUGUCAGGCAAUUGGGAAGCGCUGCACAAGUGUUGUCAGGUGAGCAAGACAACCCAUGCCAGCCAUAUGAUGUAAAGUUGUCUGCUUACCUGUCAAAGUUGGCCCGCAGGCGUUGCAAGACUCUGUUAUUUAGGAGAAUUGCUUACUACUAAGUAUCCACAAUGUUUAAAAAAAUGGUAAAAGCUUUCAAUAUGAAAUGCAGCAAUUUUGUAAGAAGGUGGUGCUAGCUCACUAAAGUUAGUUGACGUCCUCUGGGUCUGUGUGCGUGUCUUGCAUCCUGCAAUGGUGACGCCUGUUUGUCCCGGGCAAACUACUGAAAAAUGUAUUUUUUAGAAACCUUGGCCUUUAUGAAAAGUGUAAGAAAGAUCAUAUCCUCUAGUAUUAUCACGCAGCUUCGGCAACAUGAUGAGCAAAGAAAAGCGAGAUUCCAUCAGUAAAGAGGACCUAGCAAGAGCGACCUUAGUUACCAUCACCAAUAACAUCGGCUCCAUCGCUCGGAUGUGUGCUCUGAAUGAGGUAAGAACAUGCUGAUUAGCAAGCAUUGGAAAGCUGCUGUUGUGCUACUGUGUUACUUUGAUCUCUGGUUUUGCAUUAGUUAAAUACCGAAGAACAUUUUUUUACAGUGCACACCAUGCUCUCAUGUGAAACUUUGACAGUACGAUCCACAGAGUUUUCUUUUCAAUGGCUAAAACGAACAGAAUGACAGUGCCUCUUCAUUCAUACACAGUGCUUGACGUCUCCUGGUGUAUUCUUACAGUUGAGCACCAGCAAUGGAAUCCCACCUGUGUGCAAAGCCUGCUUCUCAGCUUUGUCCUCUUAGACCACAAAUAUUAACAGUGUAACCGUGUGAACUGAUGUGGUGGUGAAUGAGGCUGGUAGUGAAUACUACUUUGUACUCUGAUAGGUCCUUUGUGUGAAAUUCUUCCUGAAUGUUUGCUGUCGAAUUGGUUGUCAUUCAUUCAAGCAUUCUGGAUUUUUAAAAUUUCUUUUGGGCUACCGUCUGGAGAAUCCUGUAGCGUCCAGAAACAUCUCUGCAUUCUUUUUAAGGUCAACCCACAAGAGCUUCCAGUCAUAUUCAUAUGCCUGGUGGAACCUGGUUUGAUAGUGGUGUUGACUAUGGCAUGGCACCUUUGAAGGUGUGCAUUUGUUAACUUGACACCUGCAAGUUGGCGCCAGUGCAGUGCAGAGCUAGGAAGAGCAUCACGGUUCAGCAGUGACGCUCAGUGGUGGCUUUCGGCAAGUCAACACCUGUAGUUGUGAAGCCAAUACCUCUUGCCAAGGGCAUCCUUCAGCCAUUGAAGCAGCAGCUGCUCCAGUGUUUACUUUCUUGUUCUCUACCCAUUCCCCCCCCCCUUUUGUGUUGUUUCUAGUAGACUUAUGAGUCUGCAGGCAGGGACAGUCUUAUCUAUCUAUAGUUAACAUUUAAUGUAAGCUCCAUAUUUUACCUCCUGUUCAUUUAAUGGGUGCGUCACUUGUUGAGGCAGGUAAACUCACAACAAUGGAAUACUCCGUUGCACAUAAAAAUAAAAAUAAUAAAAAUAAAAAUAAAUUAUUAUUUAUACCCCACCCAUCUGACUGGGUUGCCCCAGCCAUUUUAUAUGCUUCCAGCAUAUAAAAAAAACAUUAAACAAUAAAGCUUCCCAAUACAGGGCUGCCUUCAGAUAUCUUCUAAAGGUUGUAUAGUUACUUAUCUCCUUGACAUCUGACGGGAGGGUGUUCCACAGGGCGGGCGCCACUACUGAGAAGGCCCUCUGCCUGGUGCCCUGUAGCUUCUCUUCUUGCAGUAAGGGAGAGAGAGAGAAGGAAAAGACACAGGUUCACUCUUUUGACAACAGCCACGUGUCUGCCAUAACUUUGGGGCAUUUGGUGGAGUUGCAGAAGUCUAAUAUAUAACAAACCCAGCAAAUCCAGUACAUACGAAUCAAUUUGUUAAUUGCUUCAGUGUUGGCAACUGAGAACGUCUUUCAGUAUUCCUGAAUGAUAAGAAACCUUUCGUAUCGAAGUAUUGUUAGAAGCUUCUCGGGGAAACAAGUAGUCUUUCUCUUUGCUUUCAGCUUCUUUACAGUGUUGCCUUGUGGCAUGGAGUUCAAGCAGCAUUGUACAGGGCUAUCAAAGCAUAGAGAGUUAGCUGCAGUGAGCAACACAGGGUAUAUUUAAAAUGAAGAGACUGAUCGCCACUUGUAGCCUGACAUACUUGGUUUUGGAAGAGGAUGAUGGUGAUUUGCUUGUGAAAGCAUGAAUAUCAUGAAGGAACUUGUGAUACGAUACAAAUAUGAAUAGAUGGGAUUGCACAGAUUCAGAUAAACUGUUACUAUGAAAUUGCUAUUAUUUUGCUACGUUAUGAAAUUGUUGCUAUGUUAUUGUUUAGCUGUGUUAUUAUGAAACAGUUUUUGUGGUGAUUGUUUGAAAUGCAUCCCUGUUGCUUUGUUGUAAGCCACUUUGAGCAUGAUAUGUGUGCGGAAAAGCGGCAUACAAAUAAAGGAAUGAGUUAAUGAAUUAUAUUUGACAGGGGAAAAAAGGAUUUUAGGGAUCUUUGCUUGCUUCUGCAUCCCAGUUGUAUUCUGAACCCAGCAACAUUUUUGCAAAGGUCUGGAGUUCGUUAAUCUAUGGCUCAUUUCGAAUGCUCUUCCAAACCAUUAUUGCUACCUUAACAGAGAUUUGAACAUGGGAAGCUUGCCUAAUACAAAGCCAAACUUCUGUGCCUCUGUUAGGUGGAAGGCAAGUAGCAAAUUGUUCUUUCCUCCCUAAGCUCCCCAUUUUUUCUUAAGACCAUGGUUGGGCCAUGUACAUUUUUAGACAGUGAGACAGCUGGCUAAAGACAUUGUGUUAUAGAAUCCCUAAGUCAUCUUAAAAAUGAAGCCUCCAUGUUUCUAUAAACAUUUAGGAUUUUUGUUUGUUUGUUUUAAAAAACAUUUCUAGAAGCUUAAGUAGUAAAGGGCAUGGACUGUGUCCCAGGAAAGGUUUCACUCAGAUCAAGAUGGGUGGCCCUAAACGGCCAUCACUUAGCUUCACAUUUGGGGAUGGAAGCAGCACCAGCCCACUUAACAGGGUACUCGUAAAGAUAAAAAUGUUCUGUGGAGGUUUCAAAGAGAAGUUCAAAAAAGCACCAUACAAAUGCCAAACUAAGUAUUUUCUGAUUUUACUGAUUGGAAUGUCGGAAAAGCACUGAGUUGUCAGGGGAGGCAGACUUCAGAUGUGCUUGAUUAACACCAGUCCUUAUCACAUUAACACCUGAAAGAUUUCCAAGCAAAAAAUAACUUGCAGUGAUUCAUAAGAAGAGGCUGGUGCUUAUUUAGUCACCCAAGCCCCCUAGGGUGUUAAUUGGACUGUCAGUUUGGGACUGAAACUGCACUAUUGGGAUAACACUUUGACCAACCUAAGUAGUGUGAACUUGAACAAUUUUUGCUGUCCUGUUCUUUCCAAAGCAGAUCAGUCAUGCUAAAUACUGAUGGAUGUGUGUAUAGGAUUGGAGCCUAGAGUGUCUCUCCCUUGCUGUUCUCUCCCUUAGUCCAUCUAGCACAGAAUACGUAUCACAAUAUGUACGGGUGGGAGAGAAGAUGGGCUAGUACAGUUUUUUGGUGGCUAUCUGGAGGACAUCUGGUAGGUUGUGUUAUCAUGGGGGCUGCUUUACUUUAAAAAGGUAGUUGCUAAGUGAAAAUUGUCCACAACCUCCCUAGGGGGUCCACCCCACUGUCAAACAACCCUGACGGUCUUAAUAGUACUACAGUCAAACCUCGGUUGUCAAAUGUAAUCCGUUCUGGAUUCCGAAAUGUUCAACAACUGAAUUGCAGCUUCCGAUUGGUUGCAGGAGCUUCCUGCACUCAGUGGAAGCCACAUCGGAUAUUCGACUUCCGUAAAAUGUUUGAAAACCGGAGCAUUUACUUUCAGGUUUUUGGCAUCCGGGAGCCGAAUCGUUCGAAAAUGGAGCCAUUCGGGAGCUGAGGUUUGACUGUACAGAAACUUCAUAACAUUGCCCUCAAAAAUAGCAUUCUAGUUUAAGGAGAAAUGUUUCCCCAGUGUACAAUCCCAUUUAAAUAAGGUAAUCUAGUUUUGGUUGUCUUUCUGAUGCUUUACUGUUAGGAGACAUUUGAUGAACACUGAAUGAAUAUCAUAGCUGUGAAUUCCAUAAGUUUUAAGGUAAACAUGGCACCCUGUUGAAUGUAUAUAUUUUCCUAAAUUUUGCUUAAAUUUUGCAGAACAUUGAGAGGGUGGUGUUUGUUGGAAACUUCCUGAGAAUCAACAUGGUCGCUAUGAAGGUACUUGCAUAUGCCAUGGACUACUGGUCAAAGGGACAACUCAAAGCUCUCUUUUUGGAACACGAGGUAAAGACUGUUCAAAGGAAAUAUGUAUAUAUAUGUAACUCGGUUGAUCUGCUAGUGAAGUCAUGCUUUGAGUUAUGAUUGGACUUUCUCCAGUUCCCGAAAUGUAAAUAGAAAGACCCACUCAAAUAUAGAGGUGAUAUCUGCCGUUGUAGUUUAUGUGCAGCCAGCCAGUGACGAUGGGAAAGAAACAAUUUUAAUUUGGGAUAAUUGAUGGGUCUUAACAAAACUGUGCUGGGGUGGGGAAAGACUGUGAACUGUAGAAGUCCAAUAGGCUUCUUAAUUAGUAUUGAAGAAAUGGAAUGCAAAAAUAAAAUCUUUUGUGUUAUAGAGUCGAAUAGGAGUUUUUGUAAUUAGUUUUCAUGAAUGCAGGUGCUUGGUAGCGAUAGAUCCGGGGAGUUUCUGGUUACAUUUGCAUGUUGCACAAUGUUAUCAUUUACCAGGACAUGAACAAGUUGCAUGGAGUUUUGGGCUUCCAUGCUUCCUUCUCCCAUCUCUUCCUGACAGGUGGCUUUCAUUUCUUUAUUGCAAAAUUUUAUAAUCCACCCUUUGUCCAAAAAUGAAUUUCAAAGAAAUUUAAAAUUGCAAAUGUGCUUUCACAUGAACACUACAAUGAAAUUACGAGGAAUAAAACAAUUCAACUAGCUAUAACAAGCAUAAUUUAAAAGGCCAAAUAAAACAAAAACAGAAAAGACAAAUAAAAAAACUGGCUCUGAAUAGAAUACAUGGCCUGCAUCAGGGGCACUUCUUCCUCAGGACAACAAUCCACAAUCUUUUGUGUAUUCAUUAUGUAUUCCUCUUAAACUUGGGAAACAUGUAAGUGAUUAUUCCAAUAAUCUGAGUAGGUUUGUAUUAACCAGUGUUUGGUGUAGUACCCAGGACUGUGAUUAAUCUUUGCAGUACAGUGAUACCUUGGUUCUCAAAUGCCUUGGUUCCCAAACACUGUAAACCUGGACAUAAGCGUUCUGGUUUUCAAACGCUUUUUGGAAGCCAAAUGUCCGGUGCGGCUGUCGGCUAUUGUUUCCGGGACACCUGCACCAAUUAGAAGCCGCGCCUUGGUUUUUUAACAUUUCGAAGUCAAGCGGGCUUCCAGAAUGGAUUGCGUUCGAGAACCAAGGUACUACUGUAGUUAGUUUAAACAACCCAGCUUGGGUUACUUUGGUAUCAGGAGCUACGGCUUUUACUUUCACUGAAUGUGAUUUGUCAUGUCAUCCAGACAAACCCUGUGGUUGCCGUUAGCUAUUGUUAUUUUCAAACAAGUCAACUUCAUACCAUAGUUACAGAAGUGGGCUUGUUUAAACUAACAGUUGAGACGGUGGUUAAUCUUAACAACCAAGCAGACAGCGUCUAAAUGCUUCCUAGACAGGUGGGAGAGGAAAGGGCAAGCCUAAUGCUUGCUGAAGCUCAUUCCUGCUCUUUGAUUUUGUGCUAAAUUAUGGUUUAGCAUGACAUGUAAACACAGCUCUCUCUCUCUCUCUCUCUCUCUCUCUCUCUCUCUCUCUGUGUGUGUGUGUUUGUGUGUGUGUUGACAUGCACACACUCUAGGAAAGAGUGCCUUGAAGGCUGUUUUAAUUCAUUCAGAGGGGGUGCUGUCUUCACUGGGUGAACCAUUUGGAUGUAGCAGCUCCUUCCUCUCCAUAUAACCCUUUCUGGCUCUUCCCAACAUUGUGGAGAAAGCUGCUUUACUCACAUGGGUGAAAUGGUGCAAAAAAUUCAGCACAUAGUUACGGUUUUCACGCUGUGUUAAAGUAGUUUCCCAAUGGCACCUGUAAUGCAUAAGAAGCUGAGCCAUUUUUUUCCCCAUUUAACCAAUUGAGAGUAGAAUGAUAAAGCUAUAAGAAACUGUGUAAUCUCCCUUAGGGCCUGUUUCCAUAACACGGCAUACUGGCAAGCUUAGAUGUCCUUGUGACUCUUAUAGCACACUUAUAGAAGUCUCUAUCCACGUCCUCAGGUGUAGGGCCUUGUACAGCAACCCAGUGCCUUACUUACAGCUCAGUGCAAGUAAAAUACAGGCAAGGAAAUUACCUGUUUAUCUUACAAUGACUCUCUUCCAAGGGUCCAAACAUUUCUUCCACUGGAAGAAGUUCCAAAUGACAUCUGCAUGCAAACAAAAUCAGUUCUGGCUUUUGUAUUUGUACAAAAAGUGGAAUAUUUAUGUCAUCUUUUACUGGGCCCAACUACUUUUAAGCGUUCAGAACUUCUGAGAACAGCUCUACUGAAUAGACAAUAUGCUUGCUUGCUGCUCCUAGCAUUCACUUGAAUUUCCAGUAGAAUUGGCCCUGGCUGGUAUGGAUUCCUUCCUUUGCUCUCAAACAGCACUGUAUUUUGUUUUGCAGUACCUGCUUGUCUGAUGUUUCAGAUGUUUUCAGACCUGCACCUUUGUUUAAAGAGAGAGAGAGAGAGAGCACUUGUUUUAUGUUGUGCUGAACUCAUUGACUCUGUGACAAUUGGUUUGAGCUCAAAUAACAUUACGUACUAACGCCUUCCUCUCCUUUCAAUAACUUUGAAGGGUUAUUUCGGUGCUGUUGGGGCCCUUCUGGAAUUGCUUAAAAUGACAGAUGAUCAAUGAUGAAGCCUCCAGGAGCCCAAUGCCUGUAGAAGCUGCUACAAGACGGACAGCUGCUAGGAGGAUGGAAAGAAGCCAUGAUGGACACUCUUACCUGCUGGAUUUGUAAAUAAUAAUUUAAACUCCUUUUAGCUGAUCUUUUAACUUUAGGGUUGGACAUUAGCUUCAGAAUUCGUACCAGGAAUCUAAAAGAAAAAAAGAGGCAUUUUUAACUGUAUAAAACAUUUUUUUAAGACAAAAAAAUGUGCAAUGUGGCCAAACAUGGCAGAUUUUUAUGGAUCGUAUCUAAAAAGUGGAUACUGUGUGGGAAAUGGACCUAAGAUAUGUGACGACACUGGUUUUAUUUUAUUAUUUUUCUUCUGGGGUUUACUGACCUAGUGUGAUAUAAUUAUUCUUUUAGUAAUUGCUCUAGGAGAUUUUUUUUUAUUAAAUCUUUCAUGACGUUUCAUGAUUGCUGUUGGUUUCAGGUGAAACCGCAAAACUAGUAUAUAGUGUGAGCAGUAAAGUAAUGAAUUUUGUUGCCUUCAUUUUUAUUAUUAUUAUUAAACUGUGUUUCCAUCUUCCCCAAACUUUCUUUGACUGUCCAUGUUGUCAUCAAAUCCACCGAAAAUAGGAAGAAGACCUCAACCUUUCCUUUCAGAAACUCGCGCACAAUGAGUUAACUAUUCCUUGUAGCACCAGAAAUCCUUAUUUGUGGUACGCUGAGCUGAAAAAAAAAAAAAAAAAGAUUAUUGGGCCAUGGGCAGGGGGAGGGCUAGUUCUCUGUCUGCAGAGGAUGUGGUAAACCUGUAUUCUUACAUACCUGAAUGCACCUGCAUGCAAAGAAAACAUAUCUCUUCCCCUCUCAUGCCAGCAUUCUACAUGCAGAUGUAUUUUUCUUCUUUUUUCUUAUGGAGAAGCAUUCAAUUCUGUGAACCCCCCAUCUGAAAUCUGAAAAUGGUACAAUCCAGCAAGUUUAACCACCUCCUCUGCUGUUUGUGAGAACUGGGCCUUACUUAAAAUACAUUUUUAGUAUGCUGAAAAGUUCUUCGGCUGUUACAAGACAAAUACCAUGCCAUAUAUCUGACACUUUUAAAAAUGUCAAAUGUGUCAGACCACAUGUUGAGUAUUAAUGUAUACUAUUUCUUAGAAGUUCUUACUGAUAUUUACCACAAGGAACAAAUGACGUAGUGGUAUAAAAUGUUCAAAUUUUAAAAUGUUUGAGUGAAUUUACUACAUGCCCUGGCUGAUCAACUACAAAAAUUAUGGACCUUGCAAAGAACAGAUUAAUUUCCUAAGUUCCUUUCUACCCUGGUGAUUCACAUUGGAAAGACGGUUCUGUUUUUACAAAAUGUAAAAUGUCCGUCACGUGGUGGCGGGGGACGACAGCAUUAGCUUUAAGGAGCAAACGUUUUCUCUAAUAAAUUUGAAUUAUUUGUUUGGAAUACAGUAUUUGAUUUCUUUACCUUGAAACCUUUAAUAAAUUAACACUAACUGUUCACUUACCUGGCUGAAAUAAAAAUAAUCCAUUACUAUUGUGAUGGCUUUGAAUGCA